ACUGGGAAGUGGGGAGCCGAAUCAGUGGUCGAAUGAUUCCGUGAAAGUACAUUAGACAGCUUUGAAGCCGCCCUUUCGGGUUCUCCGCCAUCGCCGAGGGAGAGAGCGAAGGGAGGGCGAGGGCUCUUGGAUUCAGGUUGUGGUACUGUUUAACUGCUCAUAUUGUAAAACAAAUGGCAUCAGCAGCAGUCUCGAUUCUGUCAAUCGGCUCGAUUGCUUCUUACAGUGCUCAGACCACCUUGGGAGCAAGACCAAAGCACUCCUAUGUUAGUUACCAUGCUCCAAAUUUUUUCAGGGGUUUUAGCGGUCUGAAGGCAUCACUAUCUGUAAGCUUUGAAUCGGAGGCAUCCUUCUUGGGCAGUGGAAGCAAUGCUUCCCUCUGGGAGUCAUUCAAGCCAAAUUUGGAUAGACCAAGGCUGAGAUCCUCAAAUCAACUGCUGCCGCAGGCUUCAUCUUAUAAGGUGGCUAUUCUUGGUGCUGCUGGGGGGAUUGGUCAACCCCUAGCACUUCUGAUCAAGAUGUCUCCACUUGUUUCAGCACUGCAUCUCUAUGAUAUUGCAAAUGUCAAAGGAGUGACUGCUGAUCUGAGUCAUUGUAAUACCCCUUCCGGGGUUCUGGGUUUCACAGGACCAUCAGAAUUAGGCAAUAGUUUGAAAGGCGUGGAUGUGGUUGUCAUCCCUGCUGGAGUUCCAAGGAAGCCAGGUAUGACUCGUGAUGACCUAUUCAACAUCAAUGCGAACAUUGUGAAGACACUGGUGGAGGCUGUGGCAGAUAAUGCUCCAGAUGCUUUUAUCCACAUCAUUAGCAAUCCAGUGAAUUCUACUGUCCCAAUAGCUGCAGAGGUUCUCAAGCAAAAGGGUGUCUAUGAUCCAAAGAAGCUGUUUGGUGUUACAACACUGGAUGUUGUGAGAGCUAACACAUUUGUUGCACAAAAAAAGAACCUGAAGCUCAUUGAUGUGGAUGUACCUGUUGUGGGAGGUCAUGCUGGGAUUACCAUCUUACCAUUGCUGUCCAAGACGAGACCCUCUGUGACCUUCACAGAUGAAGAAGUAGAAGAGCUGACUGGGAGGAUCCAGAAUGCUGGGACAGAGGUGGUGGAGGCAAAAGCUGGUGCUGGAUCUGCAACUCUAUCUAUGGCCUAUGCUGCAGCCAGAUUUGCUGAGUCAUCUCUCCGAGCAUUGGAUGGAGAUGGAGAUGUUUAUGAGUGCUCCUUCAUUCAAUCUGAGCUGACUGAGCUCCCAUUCUUUGCAUCGAGAGUUAAGCUUGGGAAGAAAGGUGUUGAAGCUGUGAUCUCUUCUGAACUUCACGGUCUGACUGGGUAUGAGGCUAGAGCACUGGAAGCCCUGAAACCAGAGUUGAAGGCUAGCAUUGAGAAGGGUGUCGCAUUUGCACAGAAGCAGAUGGCAGCAACAGCGGCUGUUUGAGGCGCACACUGCUUUCUUUCGCAUGAGUGUGACAGUCGAGGAAUUAAUGACGUAGCCAUGUUCAAGUCUCUGCAGUUUUGCAGCAUAGGACGUUUUUCUUCUUUUCGGCUUCCAAAUUGCUUUUAAUGAGACGAGAGGUUGAAUAAUGUAGGACUCUUUAAUGGUGUUAGUAGUAGAGAGGGAGCACGAUAGUGGCUUGGUGUUCAUGAUUCCUGGUACGACAUGACAUGACAUGCAAUUUUUUUCUUGUGUUGUCAGUGCUCCUAGUUUGUAACUUAAACAUUGUAGUGUUGAUGCAAGUUUUUUCUUGUGUUGUCA